CAUUUUUUAUGGAGAUCAUCAUUAAGUUAAACAGCUGAUUGAAAUGCAGAGGGGUGUGGUGAAGGUCUAGUUGCCAUCCAGCGGAACACGCCUAAAUCCUGAAUUUCUAAAGAAUUUGUUUGUGAAAUACUUACAGAUGAUUUUCCAAUACUUUUGACCGCUUCCUGACCAUAAACGAACACCAUGUGGUACCUAAUAGUUACAGCGAGGAGCCUGAUAUGGAUGCUGCUUGCCCUAUUCUCCUCUCUGCUACUGCUAACCUCCCUCCUGAGCCCUUCUUGGCUUGUGGCGGCCCCAGAAACCAUCACAGUUGGCAACGAAACCAUCAAAUUCAGACCCAGCUUGGGGAUCUACGCCAAAUGUGGGAAGCCCAUAGGAAAUACCUACCCCAUUUGUACUCUGCUCGCAGUUCGGGGGUUGAGCGCUGAUCCACAUAUUUAUCCAAAUGUUUGGAAAGCGGGGACUGUGUUUCUGGCUAUGGGUAUAUUCGUCAUGUCCUUGACUGUGUGUACCGGCUUGAUGAGUUGCUGUUUCCAAAGCAUCUGCAAGAAGAGCAUUUUCAACAUAUCGGGGGCUGCACAAGCAAUCGCAGGGAUCUUCUACAUCAUCGCAGUUAUGCUCUACCCAACGGCCUGGGGAAUCUCGAAGGUGCAAAAACUAUGCGGCAGGGACGCUUCUCCUUUCUAUCCAGGCGAUUGUUCUCUGGGCACCGGACUCUGGUUAGCGAUUAUCGGGACUGUUUUGACUUUUGUGUCCGCCUGCUUGUCGGCGUCAGCAGAAAAGUCCACUAGCAGCGACAAGGUUCAGGACAAGAUUUAUGAAGGGCAGACGCUUAUAUGUUUGACAUAGGAAAUAGGUAUCGGAUACGUACUCUCGGAUGCUGUCCAGCAAGUAUGGCUCGUUUUCGGACGGUUGGAAAGUCAGCAUGGGAAAACUGUUGGCGAAGUGCACUACGUGUUGGCCUGUUCCGGAAGAGAUCUCCAAUACGCUGCCCCGCUUCAAUCUGUCGAAGUAUUUCAGUAGGCUUUGUAGGAUGGGCGUCUUGUUCCUGUCCGUUGCGGGAUAGUAUAUUUUCCUGCUGGAAAUUUGUGCCUUCAGUUAACAUAUCGAAGCGAAAUUUUGGAAUGCGAGCGUACUGUAUAACUGUGCUAUACGGUGUGUCUCAGUUUUGCAAGACAAUAUUAUUGAAACUUCUUUGCUAACUAAUCACGAAUUGAUGGAUAU